AACUAAAGGAAUUGCAUGCAGCCACAUAUGUGUAUAUAUAGGCUCGUUCGUUGCAUUUGUAACAGACUUUCUUUCUUACACUCUCUUUCACGCCCGUUUAAUUUUAACCCUCCAUUCUUUCUUCCCUUAAAUAAACCAAAAUAAAUAAAAUAAAUAAAUAAAUUCAGAGCCUAAUAAUUUAGAUCUUCUUCGUUUUCUUGAUCUUAUUUAUGGACAAAGGCUGGUGUCUAACCCUCGAAAACUCCGACCAAUCCCGGUUUUUCUGCAACAACAAAUCGAAUUUCGGGUUGUUUAGUACUUCGACUUCAAGUCCGACGUUGAUUAAUAAUAACAAUCAUCGGAACAAUUACGGAAGUACCCUCAACAUGUUUCCGGUCAUGAAUUCUAGCGGUGGCGACGAGCAUCAUCCCCCACCUCCGGUGGCGGCGGCGGUUCGUGGGGAAGUGGACUUUUUCUCCGAUAAGAAGAUGCCGUUCGAUAACGAUCGUCAAGUUCAUAAUAAUACCCUAGUCAAGAAGGAAAUCCAUUCUUUUGCUCAAGUAAACACUGGUUUGCAACUUUUGACUGCCAACACCGGGAGCGAUCAAUCCACGGUGGACGACGGGGUUUCCUCCGGUGUCGAAGAUAUGCGUGCCAAAAUCGAGCUUGGACAACUUCAAGUUGAGUUAGAAAGAAUGAAUGGUGAGAACCAGAGGUUAAGAGGGAUGCUAACUCAGGUUAGCACUAACUACACCUCACUUCAGAUGCACCUCGUGACCAUGAUGCAAAAGCAGCAAAAUCCAACCACACAACUUAACCAUGAUCAGCAGCAGAUUGUUGUUAGAGAACACGAAAUAAAGAAACACGAAGAUGGAGGAUUGUUAGUUCCACGGCAAUUCUUCGAUUUGUCGAAUCGAAUAUUAUCCGAUGAACGAUCUGAUUCUUCUUCAGAAGAACGAACGAUUUCAAUUGCCGAAUCGCCUAAUAGGAUUGACCGAGAGGAUCAAAACCGAGAAUAUUCCCCUAAUAAGGCUCCCAAAUUGGACCACGCUAAACCCGUUGAACAAUCGACCGAGGCCACCAUGCGAAAGGCUCGUGUCUCCGUUCGAGCGAGAUCCGAAGCUCCCAUGAUUUCGGAUGGAUGUCAAUGGCGGAAAUACGGGCAAAAGAUGGCGAAGGGGAAUCCAUGCCCACGUGCGUAUUACAGGUGUACGAUGGCGGUUGGUUGUCCGGUUCGGAAGCAGGUUCAGAGGUGCGCGGAGGAUCGGACAAUCCUAACCACAACCUACGAAGGGAACCACAACCACCCGCUGCCGCCGGCGGCCAUGGCGAUGGCGGCCACCACCUCCUCCGCCGCGAACAUGCUCCUCUCCGGCUCGAUGUCGAGCGCCGACGGGUUUAUGAACCCGAAUUUCCUGACGAGAACGAUUCUCCCGUGCUCGUCCAACGUGGCAACCAUCUCGGCUUCCGCGCCGUUCCCGACAAUCACGCUGGAUCUCACCCAGAGCCCGAACCCGUUGCAGUUCCAACGACCCGGCCCGCAAUUCCAGAUCCCUUUUGCUAUUCCGAAUAACCCGAACCCGAACCCGAACAUGUUGAUUCCUCAAGAUAUGUACAACCAAUCCAAGUUUUCGGGUCUGCAUAUGCCUCAGACGACGUCGUAUGCCGACACCGUCAGUGCGAUAACCGCCGAUCCGAAUUUCACGGCGGCACUAGCGGCGGCGAUCUCCUCCAUUAUCGGCGGAAAUCAAGCUCAGGACAACGGCAACGCUAAUCCCAACUUAAAUAAUACAACUGACGGCAACAACAAGAACCAGUAGGGAUUUGCAUAUAUAUAUGUAAUAGAUAUUCUUCUUCUAGAUUGUUUGUUCAUUUUUGAGGUGGAAUUAUCAACAUGCAUGUUCAUAAUAUAUAUAUAUAUAUAUAUAUAUAUAUAUAUGUUACAUUCUUUG